AUGUUCUACGCUCACUUUGUACUGAGUAAGAGAGGGCCGCUGGCCAAAAUCUGGCUAGCGGCCCAUUGGGAUAAGAAGCUAACCAAAGCCCAUGUAUUUGAGUGUAAUUUAGAAAGCAGUGUGGAGAGUAUCAUUUCACCCAAGGUAAAGAUGGCACUUCGAACCUCAGGACAUCUCUUAUUGGGAGUAGUUCGAAUCUAUCACAGGAAAGCAAAAUAUCUUCUUGCAGACUGUAAUGAAGCUUUUAUUAAGAUAAAGAUGGCAUUUCGGCCAGGUGUUGUUGAUUUGCCUGAAGAAAAUCGGGAAGCUGCUUACAAUGCAAUCACCUUACCUGAGGAAUUCCAUGAUUUUGAUCAGCCACUGCCUGAUUUAGAUGACAUUGAUGUGGCUCAGCAGUUCAGCCUUAACCAGAGUAGAGUGGAAGAAAUUACAAUGAGAGAAGAAGUUGGAAACAUCAGUAUCCUCCAGGAAAAUGACUUUGGUGACUUUGGGAUGGAUGAUCGUGAAAUGAUGCGUGAAGGUAGUGCAUUUGAAGAUGAUGACAUGUUAGUGAGCACUAGUGCUUCUAACCUUUUAUUGGAACCUGAACAGAGUACCAGCCACCUGAAUGAAAAAAUCAACCACCUAGAAUAUGAAGACCAAUACAAGGAUGACAAUUUUGGAGAGGGAAAUGAUGGUGGUAUACUGGAUGACAAACUCAUAAGUAAUAAUGAUGGAGGUAUAUUUGAUGAUCCACCUGCCCUCUCUGAAGGAGGGGUCAUGAUGCCAGAGCAGCCUGCACAUGAUGAUAUGGAUGAUGAUGACAAUGUAUCAAUGGGUGGACCAGAUAGUCCAGAUUCAGUAGACCCUGUUGAACCAUUACCAACUAUGACUGAUCAAACAACACUUGUUCCAAAUGAAGAGGAAGCUUUUGCUUUGGAGCCUAUUGACAUCACUGUCAAGGAGACAAAAGCCAAAAGAAAGAGGAAGCUGAUUGUUGACAGCGUAAAAGAGCUGGACAGUAAAACAAUUAGAGCCCAGCUAAGUGAUUACUCCGAUAUUGUCACUACUUUGGACCUGGCUCCACCCACCAAAAAAUUGAUGAUGUGGAAAGAGACUGGAGGAGUAGAAAAACUUUUCUCUUUGCCUGCUCAGCCUUUAUGGAACAAUAGACUACUGAAGCUCUUUACACGUUGUCUCACACCUCUUGUGCCAGAAGAUCUUAGGAAAAGGAGGAAAGGUGGAGAAGCAGAUAAUUUGGAUGAAUUCCUCAAAGAUUUUGAAAAUCCAGAGGUACCCAGAGAGGAGCAACAGCAACAGCAGCAGCAGCAGCAACAUGAUGUUAUUGAUGAACCUAUUAUAGAAGAGCCAAGCCACCUACAGGAAUCAAUCAUGGAAGGCAGCAGAACCAAUUUGGAUGAAUCUGUCAUGCCGCCUCCACCACCUCAAACAGGAGUAAAACGAAAGGCACAGCAAGUUGAGCCAGAACCCGUGUUACCUCCUGAACAGUUGCAGCAGCUGGAAAUGCCACCUGUAGAACUUCCUCCAGAAGAGCCUCCAAAUAUCUGUCAGCUAAUACCUGAGCUGGAACUUUUGCCAGAGAAAGAAAAGGAAAAGGAGAAAGAUAAGGAAGAAGAAGAGGAGGAGGAGGAAGAAGAUGCUACAGGGGGUGAUCAGGAUCAAGAAGAAAGAAGAUGGAACAAAAGAACUCAACAGAUGCUUCAUGGUCUUCAGAGAGCUCUUGCUAAAACUGGGGCUGAAUCUAUUAGUUUGCUUGAUUUGUGCCGAAAUACGAACAGAAAGCAAGCUGCAGCAAAAUUCUACAGCUUCUUGGUACUUAAAAAGCAGCAGGCUAUUGAGCUGAAGCAAGAGGAGCCUUACAGUGACAUCGUUGCAACACCUGGACCAAGAUUCCAUAUAAUUUGAAUGUCUCAAUGGAUUAUAUAGCUAGUGUUUAUUUCACUAGUACAAAUGCAUUGCCCCCAAUGUGUAGGGCACAUAAGACCAUUACAGAAAAUUUAGAUUUUUUUUUUUUUUUUUUUUUUUUUGUCUGUACAAAGUAUCUCUUGCCCCUUUUUAUAUUUUUAAUUUACCAUCUUCAUUUUAAGGGAAACUGCUCGGGUGGGUUUUGUUUGUAUUCUGCUAGAGUAUACUCUCCAGAAACCCAGAUAGUGAUUUUUAACAGUUCAGAGCAGAUGUGUGCAAUAUUGGUGCAUGUAAUGAUGUUGAGUUGCAAUGAAAAGUCAUGAUUUGAUGUAUCUUAAUUCUCCAUCAGUGCAUUUAAAAAAUUAACCUCUGGGAAAAGCCUGCCAACCUCAAACCAUCAAGUACCUAUUAUAUAUAGGUUACUUGAUUUAAAAACAUACAUACAUACAUACAUCUGCUUUUCAAAGAACAGAAUUGGAUUUUUGCUCUGGUCUCUAGCUGUCUGAAAACCAUGGUCAAAUUUUCCAGCAAUUGGUAGAUUUAAUAGUUCCUACAACAUUAGAGUUGGUUUUAUAGCACAUAGAAAAUCUUUCAAUGAUUUAGCAGGAGGCUAACAUCUCUGCAGAGCACUUGAUGAAACAGCCACCUGAGAUGAAUGGCCAGAUUUAUUUAGGCUAAAAGCAUUCCCAGUGUUCUCUGAAUCAUGUAGUUCAAAUCCAUGUCAUUCUAGCUCAUUGUAGAGAUACCAUCAUUUUUAUUAUUGCAUUGGAGGCUUGGUAUGAUAACCUAUCAAAACAAAGGAUUUAGUUUCAUUGUAUGAGCACUGAAGUCAGCCUUAUGACUUCAGCAUAAGCAAUGGCAGAUUUUCAGAAUUAAAAAGGAAUUUUAGCUACAUGUAAUAAAGUAUAAAUCAAGCCUUUUAAAAAAAAAAUAAGUUUUUAGAUAAUGAACCACUUAUUGGCACAUUCAAAUCAUGAAAAUAAUCAAGGAUUUAAAAAAGUUUUCAGAUAAUGAACCACUUAUUUGGCACAUUCAAAUCAUGAAAAUAAUCAAGGAUUAAAAUACUAUAAAAUGUCUUAUAUGUCAAAGGGGCAGACUAAUGGGAAGCCACUUACCUGAUUUUACUUAUUAAGCAGAAGAUGCUAUGUUAACUGUAAUGGCUUUUCUGAUAUUUAUUAUAAGUCUUAGUAUUGAUCUAUUUUUCCAAUACUGCACACUCCUGUGUUUGGACCUUUAUUUUAAUAGCUUUGCAAGAGAAAAUCCUGCACCUGGUUUCCUAUAAUUUAAAAAACUAAAAGAAAUGAAAAAGCAAAAAAAAAAUAAUAAUAAUAAAUAAAUAAAUAAAUAAAUAAAGUAAAUAAAUAAAUAAAGGCUUUAUUGUUAACAGACCAGAUAGAACCAGAAAUUAUGUGAAUAUGUUGAUUAUCAAAACAUGUCUUAACUUUUUUUAGGGCAAAAUUACACUUAAAAGUUCUGGCAUAAAUGUUGGCACUUUGGUGGAAAAGAUUAACUUUUGAGACUCAGAUUUCCAUAUAUACCCAAUAAUGUAAAAUUAUGUGAAAUGUUUUAAAAAUUUGUGAGACUGCAUAAUUACUGUUUUAAUAAUUCAAUUUCUUGAGAAAGGUAAUUGUAUAAAAUUGCUACUGCAGCUUUAUUUUCAACAUGACGUGCCUGUAAACCAUGGAAUUCCCCCUUUGUAAAAAGACAUUGUAGAUAAUUUGAAUGUUUAAUUAUAGAAAGGUCAUUAGUUUUCUUGUUACACAUUUUGUUAGUCUGGUUUUUGUUGCUUAUCAGGUUUAAUAUUGUUCUUGAAAAUAGUUGAUGCUGUGUUAUGUAUAACUUUUCUAAUAAAAGUUGUGUUAUAAGCUGUA